AAAAGGGUGGGCGUCCCUCUCGCUCCUCCUACUUCUCGCUCGACCCCGCUCGCCAGACGUCCCCGUGCCGCCUCCUGACCGACUAACUGCUGCUGCGUCGGCGUCACUAUGAAGGCCUUGAUUCUGCUCCUUCUCGGGGCGUGCCAGGCCCUGCAACCGGGCUUGGAGUACCAGUACAGGUACAGCGCCCGCGUCGCCACCGGGAUCCCAAGCAUCAACAGGCAGUUCGCAGCCGCAGGGAUACAGGCUGACGUCACAGUCCAGAUGGCUGCGGAUUACUCGACUGUGGUGCAGUUCAGCAACAUCGAGGUUGGAGACUUGAACAAGGUCCUGGACUGCGACCUGCGGGCUCCUCUGCCCCUCGAGUACCAUCCCCUGGAGGACUACGUCGACCUCCUCGAGAAGCCCUUCAGAGUCGUCAUGAACGAGUCAGGUAUCCCAGACCACAUGGAAGGGCCUGACGAACCCGUCUGGAUCUCCAACAUGAGGAAGGCCUUCGUCAACAUCUUCAGGGUGCCAGUGCUCUGGAAUACUGAGGCACACUCCACCAAGCUUAACUACGGUUCCCUAGAGGAAACUCUGGUCGGACGUUGCCAGAACUGGUACUCGUCGCUGAAAUACCCAAUCAACCUGGCUGAAGAGAUCAACGUCCAACGCGAACACUUCAUGGAGGAGGACAUCCAGCGGGAUGCCUACUCCUCCAGCUACACCACAAAAACCACAUCGAAGACUAGCAAGUCUUCCAAGACUUCCUCCAAGACUCCUUCAAAGACUAGCAAGACCGGCAAAACGUCUCCAGGUCAGCUGGCGAACGUUCCUCAUAUUGAGGAUACACUCUGGUCCAUCAGGAGAACCACGGACUUCGGCAUGUGUGAAAACUUGCUGUCUCUGGAGAUCCACAGCAGCAAGUACACGGAGGAGAUCAUUCAGAGGAGCUCCGUGGCAAGUUACCUCAUCCGCGGAGACACGCACCGAAGGAUCGAGCAAGCCGUGGUGGAGGGAACCAUCAGCGUCUUGACGAACAAAGAGAGAAAUGAGCAUGUGGACACCUUCACCAACCAGACCCUGGAGCUGAAGGCUGUGCGUGAGGUUGGCGAGCCCAUCACUAUUACUUAUGAAGUCCAUCCUCACUACAAUUGGCACUACGAUAUCGAAAGGCCACAGGGCGACCAAUUCAUCCCACUGGAGCAGGUCCUCACAGGCAGGCCGAUCACAGACCAAAUUGUCAAUAACUUAAUGGAAUACAUCAAGAAAACCGUCGACGACCUCACGAAACGAAAGGAGAAACAGCCGGUUGGGUCUUACAGCCUCAGUUACAUGAUUGGCCGCCUCGUCGAAGCCGUCGCCAACCUCGACUAUCCACACAUUCAGACCCUUUACAGCCACUUCGAAGGCAAAGGCACCGUCCACAAAUACAUCUUCGCACAGCUGGUGAUAUUCGCCGGAACAGAACCCGCAGUCACCUUUGUAGUCGAUAACGUGAAAGAACUAGUACUUGAAAUAGAUUUCUACAGCGUCAUUGUGGCCAACGUUCGCAGUCCAGCAGCGAUUCCUAAGAUCUUGAAUAUGUUGUUGAACGAGGGGGAAGGUGUGGACCAUUCCAUCGGCGUCAUGAACUUCGCCACUUUGGCCCACGACGCGUGCCUCAGCGAGGACAGGAAGCACUUCUACUUCGACUACAGCUGCGGCCCGAAGAGCACGUGCGACCCCGAGCUCAUCAUCACCACCUUCAUCCCGUACCUCGUGCGAAACCUUGGGAAUCAGGAGAAGGACGUCUGGCAGCGGCUCAUAUACCUUCAGGCGCUGAGCAACCUGGGGACUCCGCAGACAAUCAACGUACUGAAGCCCAUCAUCCUUGGCGUCACCGAAACCAACAUCUUCAUGAGGACGAAUGCCAUCUGGAGUCUGAGCGCUUACAACAUGCAGAAGUCCGCCCUCUCGCAGAUCUACGAAAUCCUGAUGCCGAUCAUCGAGAACAAAGGGGAGCAGUUUGAGAUCCGAAACAUCGCUUUCCUCACGCUGGCAACCUGGGGUCCUGGCCACGCCUGGUGGCAGCAGUUGGCGGUUUCGACCUGGCAUGACCCGUCGCCCCAGUUCGCCAACUUCGUCACCACGACCAUCUACUCCAUCGCCGACAGCCACACGAAACUGGCAGACACAGUCUCCCGCGUCAAGCACCUGUGCAAACCUGCCGCCCCGUCGUCCAUUCUUCAAUCGACCAACUUCUUCCUGCACGAGUACCUCUUCUCAGAGGAGCACGGGUCACGAGUCAACUUCGCUUGGUUCGCCAGCGUUCACGGACCCGUUCCCGAGGAGGUGUUCGUGCGCGUCCAGGAGGAACUCUUCUACGGCUACACACUAGUCACAAAGGUUGAUUUGCAACAGCGAGGUUUGGACUCGUAUUUGCACAGGUGGAAAGUGGCAAUGGAAAAAUCCCACAAGAGGCCGGUGCAGAGCUCUACACAGGAGAUCGUUACAGGCAUGUGGGAAGAACUUAAGGAGAAGAUCGGAUAUACGUCGCCUACAGCCCUUCCGUACUUGAGGAUGUGGUACAAGUUGAAUAGGGUUCUCUUCAAGGUUGGUGAAGAUCUAGGCUUCUACGCCAAUACUGACACCAUAGACUUCAUUCGCCACACGCCCAUUUUCGACCGAGACCUCUUCACCGUCAUUGCAUUGCCGACUGAGACGGGACUUCCCUUCGACGUUCAGUACGUUGAUGAAUCCGCCAUUUCGCUGAAUAUACAACAUACAGACCAUAGUUCCUCAGACGGAAAGGUGAAGGUCAGCGUAUCUCUCGUUUUUGAGGCAUCCCAAGAUCUGUUCCUGGAAGCAAGAGUCUUCCUGCCGUGGUCGGAGAGACCUGCCGUCACCUCCGGCCUCUACGCGAAAUCCGAGGUCCUGCUGCCAGUCAAUGUCCACGCCUCCUUCAACCUGAUCAACCAGGAAAUAGAACUGUCUAUAGAACCGACCAACACCGAGAAGAUUGACGUGAUCCAAAGUGAGGUCGUCCCUUUCACUGUCCUUGAGAACAACUAUCCAUGCGAAGUGUUGCUCACUGAUAAUGAAUACAAGCCUAUUCUACACGGAGAGGUUCCUCUGUUCAACGAUAAACACCAAGUUUUCCCCUCCGAUGUGGGUCUGUGGGUCGAAGUCGUAACGGACGGUGACAUCCACCACACUCCAAGCGUGUAUGAAUGGAUCAUUCAGUUAGUCAGUCUGAGCAUCACCACGCACACCCGGGAAGAAAAGGUGAUCUUUGAUCCAACUCUCUCCACCACCAAGGCCGUCUCCUUCACCUUUAACUACGUGUCGACUGGAGGCAGCGGAUCUCUGGUUGACCAAACCGACUACGACGACGGCCAGGUAUCGCAGGGUUCCUUCGAUGAAGAUUUCGGACAGUUCUCACAGGUGGCCGGCGGGAGUCAGGACACCCUGGAAGUGGACAGCUUCGGAACGCAAAGCCAGACAAGAGAGCGCAUCAUGAGACUGCAACAGGCAUUGAUUGCCUCUGGAGGGCACGUGAGAACCAUCAGUGUGGAAAUAGAGCUUCAGGGAACUCCAACGAGGAACUACGAGGCGAGCCUCACCUGGGCCAUCUCCAGCUCCGGUUCAGCAAGAUCCUCCAAGGUGCAAGUGACACUCAUGAAGCAUCCAGCCGUCGGCGUCCUGGAGGACCCAUACACUAUCUGCCUGAACGCCCAGAUCAUGAAGCCGCAUUUCAAUCCGUUCUUCACCACUGAGGAUGUGCUGACGGCCAACUACCAUUCCACAAUCAAGGCCGAAUUGUACGAGGGUGAGACGUGUGAGGAAGCGCCGGUCUUGCUCCUGGAGGCUUCAUUCGAUGUCAGCAACGACGCCAAGGAGAAAGUAAAGGAAGCAAUAGAGAAGGGCUGCGACUACAGUACCUACGCUCCUGGCAUUGAUAUCAUCACUUCUCCUCUGUACGACCACUCUCAUAUCACUGCCACCUGGACACCGGACUUCCCAGACAGCCUGAAGAACCUUACAUACUAUGUUGAUGACAUCAUCAAGGUUUCCCUAUCCAAGAAGAUCGAAUUCGACCACACCACCGCACAUUAUGACGCCAGAGUUGAAGUUGAUGCUACAAAGUGCAUUGAGACCGGCCUGUGGACCGUGAGGACAGAGAAGCCCUAUGCCGUGUCCAUCAUCAAGGAUCUGGAAGUCCCGGCGUGGGUCAACCCGAUCUUUACACCUGCGCCCUUAGCGACUACCCUGCUUUAUGACCUUGCUGUCGGUCGCACGCCAGUAUCCUGCACCAUUGAUGAAAGCAAGGUCCGGACGGCAGAUGGCAAGGUGUUCUCCUAUGAGCCCAGUCAGUGCUGGAAUGCCAUAACCUUUGACACGACCUCUGACCAGCGAGGGGCCAUGCUCGUCCGUAACACAGGUCAAUGGGAGGUCCGCAUUAUCUGGCAGAAAGAAGGCCUUGUGAUUGAUAUGUCUCCAACCAAUUUCCUUGUAAAUGGUGAGCCAGCCAAAGGAACAGAUAACAGAUACACCGUUUUCCACCAUGAUGACAGCCAUACAAUUUUAUUCGAAAGUGGAACACGUGUUAAAGUUUCGGACAAGGUAGAGGUGCUGGUAAGUAUGGACCAUCGUGGUCACACUACUGGUUUAUGUGGAAACUUCGAUGGUGAACCAUCCAACGACAUGGUAGGACCCAAGGGCUGCUACUACACAGACGCCCACCUCUUCGCCCUCUCCUGGGCAUCGCCUGGAGAAGGAUGCGCCGCUUUCAACUUCAAGAGCUUGAAACGGGAUGUGGACCGGUACCAGGAGGACUGCCCUCACUUCGCUCACGAGCCCACAGGAGUCACUCAUGGCGAUGCCCUGUACGACUGCACGGAGUGGGUGUACCACGAGAGGACGGAGGGCCAGUACCACUGCAAGGCUCUCAGCCCCAUGCCAGUGUGCAGACCCGAAUGCGUCGCCAACCACCCCAUCACCACGUCGGUCGAGUAUGAAUGCAAGUUCAGCGGACAUCAGCAACAGGCACAGCAGCUGCAGCAACAAGUGCAAGGCACAAAGUGGGUGGAAUGCUUCCCUCACUCCUACACCCUAACUUACCCAUCUUCGUGUGUCCCACAGUAACAGAUAUACAAUACCAUCCUAAUUUCUGGACUAUAAGGUUUCAACAAUUUGUCCUCAAGAUAUUCAAUAUAACAAUACUUUUCUAGCAAUCCUUAUCAACUCGACAUUCUGUUGUUUUUUACCCCUUAUUUCUUCUUUUUUAUAUUAUGAUUUUUCCUUAUAAACAUCUUAUCUUUAAUGAGACCAUUUAUUUUGCCUUUCUUCUAUGAAUUUUACUGCUUUACAAUUUUGUCAAAGAGUAACACCCAUUUUAUUUUCUGAUUUGUUGGCUAUAUCCUUCUUCAUGAAGUCCAUUUCUGUUACAUUUCGAUAGAGUAAGAAUAGACUAAUUGAGACAAAUUAUGCUAAUGAAUGGAUGAAGAAUAUACCAAAAAAUGUUUUUAGUGUUUUUACUAAUGGGAAAGAUUCAGCCUAUUGCGACAAAGAAGUAUGAAAUGGGAGUGACGCCAUGGGGCACGGAGAAGGAAUUCGACGGGUUGCCUGUGGAUGGCGAGUGGGUCAAAAUUGUUUAUUUUUUCAUUGUAAGAUGACAGCUCAUCUGAAAUAAAGUUACAGCCUGUCAAA